UGCCUCAAGUAAAGUGAGCCCACGAUGCCCUGGCCUGGGCAAGGAAAUUGCAAAGACACCUGUUGUCCCAUAACCCAUGUAGGAAGAACGGCUAGGUUGAAAAAGACUUUUAAUACAAGUAAACCAGUCCUUUUCCGUGGCCGAGUCCCUUUUCGAGCCAUAUUUGUAUCUACUCCCGGGAACUACUCCAGUCAAAAGUUGUCAUGUCGACAGACUUUACCGGAGAGGGAACGUAUGCGUGUCAUUUGGAUGAAAUGACCCAAGAAAAGGCCCGAGAAGAACUCCACGAGUGUCCAGAGGAAAGAGCGAGUCAAAUCGAAACAUUGAGAAAUUGGGUCAAGCAACAGCCACAUCUGACAUGCAGGACAGAUGACCAUUUCUUAUUACGGUUCCUUCGCCGUAGUAAGUUCAAUCAGCUGCUCGCUCAGAAACUGGUGGAAAAUUUCGUCAUGAUCCGCUGUAGUCCGUCACAUGGUGUUCCGGGGUGGUUCAGGGGAAACAACCUCAACAAUACAGAACUUAUGCGGAUGCUUGAAAUGGGGAGGAGCAUCCCGCUGCCUGGUCGAGACGAACAAGGCAGAAAGGUUAUUCUAAUACACAGCGUAUAUAAAAAUCCGGAGGACUUCGAUUACGCUAUGCGUUACACCUUCAUGGUCACCGACAUUCUCCUGAGAGAUGAACUCAACCAGAUACAUGGUGUUGUCUAUCUAUUGGACUUUACGAAGUUUACGAGGAGCGAAAUGUUCGCCUGGGGGCUCGAUAGAAUACAGAAGGCGGUGAAAUGCUUGCUGAAUGUGUAUCCGGUGAGAAAUAAAGCCAUGCACACCUACAAGACGGCAAUACUAUUCAAUAUAAUAUAUGAGGUAUUCAAACUCUUUAUGAAGAAGAAGUUAAAGGACAGGGUCUAUAAUCACAAGGACGACCAGGAAUCUCUCCACCGGGUGGUCCCGAGAGAACUCCUGCCCGAGGAGUACGGAGGGGAGGCCGGUCCGCUACAGAAAUUAAUCGAUGAUUGGAAAGAUCACAUGAUGAGCAACGCAGAUGAGUUUGAUAUGUUGGAGAAGCUGGACUUUGAUGAGAGCAAGAUGCCGGGGAAAGUAGUUGAAGAAAAUGGCGGCGAGGAUGAUGGAUGGGGAAUGGCAAAUUUGGCUGGGGAAUAAUUCAACUCUCUCUGUUACAACGAUAUGUAUGUGCGUGUAGUUAUUUAUAUGUUGUGAAUCUGUUCACAUUUUCACUGGAAUGAAACGAUGCAUUCGCCGUUUUCUCAGUGAGAGCAUAAGGCAAGAAGUCACCGAAAAGAGAGUUUUGUGACUGGAUACUUUCUGAUGACGAUGCCUGUGAUGCAGCACAGCACUAUGACAUGAUCAGUGUCCAAAAAAGCUCGACAACACAGGCACCUGCUUCAUGCAUACAAGAUAGCGAAAACCUUCCACCUCCAUAGAAAAUGUAAACUUUCCCUCUUUUGAACUCUCUGUGAACAUCGCAUUCCUUACAAAAGAGAAUUCUCAAAGGAUUCGUUGCAAUAAAAGAGUGCAUUUAAAAUUAA